AUGUCAUCAGCAAAAAAAAUAGAUCUCAAUGAGCUUGACAUAAGCACCUUGUCACUCCCUUUCAAAAUCUGGGUAAAAUAUGGCAAUGUGCAACCAUGCAGGGUUGUAUUUGACAGAGAAGUGGAAGAUUUGAAGGAGGUGGUCAAGAAGAGACUAUCACCCAAAUUAAAUGAAACUGACCUUGAUCAGAUUAUCCUCUGCAAGGCUGACCUAGAACCAGGUGCUAUAGUGGAUUUGAUUUCCAAAAUAGCACCAUUAAAACGUAAAUAUGAAGAUUUAAGAGAAAUCAUACACAAGAUAAAGAACAAGAUAGAAGAAUCCGUAGAGAAACAAGUGACAUCAAAACCAAGAUACAGUCUCAGAUCAAAGCUUUCUGGAGUAAGGAUAGAAAAAAUUCUGGAUGAUCUUGGAUUAUUGACUCUAGAACCCCUGCACUGCCAACCUUUCCAAUGGGAUUUAGAGAGAGAUAAAGAUCAACAGAUGCCUGAUGUUAAGAGAUGGUUUAAAAAUGUUCUAAACCUGCCCAGGAAUACUCAUGUGAAAGAUAUUCAUACCCAGGUGAAACACCAACGGCAUUUGCAAGGAGCAAACAUUACUAUAAUGGGCGGCAGCAAUAUAUCUGUUGGACCAAGUCUGACUCCUUGCAUCUGGAUUGAAACUAAGAAAUCAGUUGAGGAUUUCAUAGAAGGUCAAGCUAUUGGAGCCACGUUUUGA